UCAGUUUCCUGGGACAUGACCGUCUCUCCAUUGGUCAGCGUGUUGAGAGGAGAAGACGCCGUCCUCAGCUGCUCCUUCACUCAUCCAGGACAGCAGGACUACUCAGGGAGGAUCACAGUUAAAUGGCGGGCCAGAGAUUCCAAGGAGUCGUUUUUACAAUGUUCAGUUAAAAACGACUCAACAGCAGGACUCGAUGGCUGUUCAAUACCAGGAUUCAAAUAUUCUCUGUAUGGAGACCCUCGGCAAGGGGUGCUGUCGCUCCUCAUCAGGAGGGUGCAGUUGAGUGAUAACGGUGCUUAUUACUGCAGAGUGGAGCUGGACGGGAAGUGGAGUUAUUUCGAGAAAAAGACAAAUCUUGAGGUUACAGUGAAACCACAGAUCCUGAACGUCUCUGUGGUGGAGAUGAACCCCGCCUCAGAGAGCGCCACCCGCAGGCUGCAGUGUGAGGUGGAGGGCAACCCACUGCCCACCAUCACCUGGCUGUCAGGCUCCACACCUCUGUCAGGUGACCAGGUCCAGACCUCAAAGUACUGGGUGACGAGCUCCGUCCCGUACCCGGAGGAGCAGCCGGUGUUCACCUGCAGGGCGGAGAGCGAGCUGGGCGUGGCAGAGCAGAGCUAUCCAGCCAGUAAAACUCUGCUGAUAACUCUGACAGUCUGUGGCACCAUCGUGCUGUUGCUGCUGACAGGAUUCAUCAUUUACUGUCUGAAACACAGAGGUGAGUUCCUCAUAAAGAUCUGUCUGUGUCUAAAACUGUUACACGUCAUUUCUAUGAUGCAACAAUGA